AGAGAGCGUUUGAGACCCCUCGGUGACCAGUUUAGUUCUGCUUGGCAUUCGAACCGCACGGAGAGAUCAUGUGACAGAAGACACCGAGGAUCCUAGCACCUCGAUCCAGGAUCUCAGACGCUUAACGGAUAGAGAUCGAAUCGAGAGCUCGCUAAGGGACAACGGUGUGUUCGCGCGCGCGCGUGUGUGUGAAUUUUGCGAAGGUUAUCCCUUUUCGUGCACGCGCGUUCGUUAAUAAAAAAAAGAACUGAUAACCGAUUAUUCGGUGAAAUCGUCACACCAUUCACCAAUUAAUUCCCCUCCUAGCAACUCGAAUCCAAAGAAAGCGAGAACGCGGUUUCCCUGCUGAGAUUAUCAUCCAACUGCAAACUCCUUUUUUCUCCACGUCUCUCCGAAUCCGAAGAAAGUAGGAAGUGCACAACCGCGGAUAGCUCCCCGUAAAAGGCCGUCCAGGAUAUCGGCCAGCGAGUACCGCUCUCCUUUCCAGUCUUCCGCGGAACACAUCACGGAUGAUCGCCCGUAAAGGCGUAGAGCUUCGGUCUCGACACGUCGCGCAACACGCGCGCUUCGUUUAAAUCAACCGAGUGCGUCGCGCGUUUCUCGCAACAUGGAAACUGUGUCUCUUCUCAAAAACGGAUGAUACUCUUUUUUCAAAUAAAUCAGUCCAGUGUUCCGAAAAAGAAUAAGUCUCCGAAGGUGAACAUCUUUCCAACGCAAAGUCGUCGAAGGGUAAACGCGUAUUAGGCGAUGUAAAUCCACUUCCUCCGCUCGCGUUAACGAGUAAAGUGGUGUGGACCGUCGUGUGCGUUCGACUGUUCCGGCAGUGCACGCUUCGAAUGACACACGUGAAACACGCGCAUACAUAUACACUAGUAGCAGUGUGGAGCAGCGUCGAAGAGGGUCGUUGACAGCUGCGAUAAAUGUACCGUCGGCCCCGGGCAGCGGUUUGUAAACUAUGUCGGGAGACACCACGUCCGACGAGGAGGGAUCGCAGGAGGACUCGCCGCGAUACGACAUCGACGAUUUGGAGAUUAUCAAAACUAUAGGUACGGGCACCUUUGGCAGAGUGGUCCUCUGCAGGCACCAAGGGUCCCCGAUGGCCCUGAAGAUUCUUUCUAUGGUAGACGUGAUCAGAUUGAAGCAAGUGGAGCACGUGCGGAACGAAAUCACAGUUCUGAAAGAAGUCAAGCAUCCCUUCAUCGUGAACAUGCUCUGGAGCGGAAGGGACGAAGCGAGGGUGUACAUGCUACUGGAAUUCGUAGCGGGUGGCGAGCUUUUCUCCUACCUGAGGGCAGCUGGCAGAUUUUCCGGGCCCACUAGCUGCUUCUACGCAGCCGAGAUCGUUUGCGCUUUGGAGUACCUUCACAGCAAGCACAUAGUUUACAGAGAUCUCAAACCCGAGAAUCUCUUGUUGGACAGCCAGGGCCAUCUGAAAAUCACCGACUUCGGAUUCUCCAAGAAGCUCACGGACAGGACGUGGACUCUGUGCGGCACGCCUGAAUAUUUGGCGCCCGAAAUAAUUCAGAGCAAAGGACACAACAAAGCGGUGGAUUGGUGGGCGCUCGGGGUUCUGAUCUACGAGAUGCUGGCUGGUUUUCCGCCAUUCUUCGACGACAAUCCUUUCGGCAUCUACGAGAAGAUACUCAGCGGCAGGAUAGAGUGGCCCAAACACAUGGACCCCAUUGCCAAGGAUCUGAUCAAGAAGCUCCUGGUCGCGGACAGGACGAAAAGACUGGGAAACAUGAGACAAGGGGCUGACGAUGUCAAGAGGCAUCGUUGGUUCAAGCUGGUCGAGUGGCCAUUGGUACCUCAGAGAGCUCUGACACCGCCGAUAAGACCGAGAGUGAAAGCGCCGGGCGAUCCAAGCUGUUUCGAUGAUUAUCCUGAAACAGAUUGGCGUUCGCAGCCUCCUCUGCCACCGGAACAGCUCGCUCUGUUUCAAGAUUUCUAAGAGUAACAUCGUGAUUUUCUGUCUUUGCUGAGUAAAUUAUUUUGCGGAAGAUCGCGAGCACAAAAAUUAAAUACACAAUUCGUCGAGACUGCGUUAACCGGCGCCGUGAUCUGUACAAAAUCGCGCGUUAACGCGAGCUUUCUUUAUCAUUUUGUACAUAUUCGUUUUGUAUUUCGUUCUGCAUUAUUUAUUUGUACGUAGGAUAGACGUCUUCGUUGUUUUGACGGUUCUUUUUUUCUCGUUUAAAUCGUUGGUUCAACGAGACAUUGUAAAUAUGGAAAAAUUGCUCGAGUAGAAGGAGAAAAAAUGGUCUUCGAAGCAACGAUGGAAAAAAGUGACUCUAAUGAUAUUCGCAACAACGUUUGGACCAGAUGAAAUAUAUUACGAUAAAUUGCUUCCGUAUAUAAGCACGAUAAAUUAAAUAUUCAAUGUUAUUUCCUGAUAUUGGUACCACUUGAUACUGUCACGAAGACCACUUUGGUCAUUACCGAGGACAAAUUUCGUAGUUAAAAAUUGUGCAAAUCGAUGGGCAGAACAGGGUUUCAGUCGAAGCGACACGGACCACGCGAUGUUAAGUUAAUUAACCGUUGCGUGGCCGCGUCGACGUAUGUAUGUUCCUUCUAAUACGUAAGCGAUACAGGGAAGUGUCGACAGAAAUAUAUAAUAUAAUUUUUUAAGAGGACACAUGUAAAAUAUUGUAACAACGUGUAUGUGAUACAGAUCGGAUAAUAAUAAUAAUCGAUACGUGCACUUUUUAUUAAA